UAAAAGCAGCGUGGUUGCUGUCGUCAGGCCUCGUUGGCUCUAGCUCCGCCAAGCUGCUGCGCACCGCGCUCCAGCCUCCAGAGAGUGGUCGUCGGAGUCGGAUGGACUUCCACCGCCACGGCCUGCUCACCGCGCUCGGCUUCGCCGCGCUGACGGGCAACUCCGCGCUCGCCAUCUACCGGUCGCGGGACGACCCGCGCUCCGUCGUGUUCGUCGCCGGCGCCUACGCCUCCAUCGCGCUGCUCUUCCACUUCCUCCGCAGGCUCGAGCGCGGGGAGGAAGGGGGCGGGGGCCGGACGACGACCAGGGCCGCGGUCUGGCUGCUGACGACGCUGCUCACGGCGAUGUUCGCCUCCCGGGUCGCGCCGCUGAUGCCGCCUCCCGUCGGCUUCGUGGUGUACUCGAUGGCCGCCGGAACCGCCGGCACGGGGUUCUGGGCCUUGUUUCUCCACCGCCAGCAGUGAGCUAGGUGCAGAUUCACUCGUCUUCAUCAGCAGAAUAGAUGAUCCCCAGCGCUGAAUAAUUUCUAACGGAGAAGAGGUAGCAUGAUGGCUUGUGUGGUUUGUAGGUUUCCUGCAUCUCGUCGAGAGAGAUGUAUGAUGCCGGAGUGUGGCAUCUUCAUUCGUACACGCGACACUACUACGGCAGGAGUGAAUGAAGCUUAUCGUCUUCUCUUCAGUAGUGUUACCUAUCUCAGUUUCUUCAGAAGUUCCAUAUGUAGGCCAGAAAUCUUUGUGUGUAUUUGAUCUUUCCAACUUCUUUUGGAAAUGUACAUGGAAUUUGUAAGAUGCGCUUGGACUAUUGUAUUCUUCCAAGUGCAAAGUUGAGUUGUGUGCGCAAUAAGUCGCGGGGAGAACAAGUAUCUUUCGAUAUAAUAAUACCUUUCCACAUCACACAUCGCGAUGCUAUUUCCUCA